GGAACAGUGAUAAUAAUUAUUAAUUAUUUAUUAUACACAAAUACGUUUGUAAAUUAUUAUUACACUAUAUUAUAUUUUUUGUAUAAUAGUUACGGAUAAUAUAAACAGUACAAACCUAGUACUUAGUAUAUACACUAAGAAGAAAAAUGGAUUACAACGAAGUCAAAGUUAAUCUAAGGAAAUUUGGUUUUCCUCUUUCUACUGAAAAUGCAUUAAAUCAAAUACAGACUAUUAUUAAUGGUGAGACAUCUCGUAAACAGCAUUUAAAUGAAGAUCUUGCUAUGGAUUUAAUAUCAGAAUUUAUAUUUUGUGAAACAAAUGAAGAAGGAAAAUCUACCAAACCAAUGUCUCGAAUUAGGUACUUAGAGCUACUAGUAAUGAUUUGUGAAUACUUCAAUAAAACAAAAAUUAAACCAGAUAAUGAUAAUUGUUGUGGAGAUACCGCUCUCAAUGCUAUAUUUAUGACUUUGUUCCCCCAAUUUGGUGCACCUCCUCAGAGAACUAAUAUGUUAGUGAGCUUAGUAUCAUUGGCCAUAUCUACUUACUCUAAUCUUAUACUACAAUCUGCUGGUGUACAAAUGCAACAAUUGGGUUGUUCGUCAAAGUACAGCUCACAAUUAGCUGAUGGACUAGUAAAAAAAUUUUUUACUUUUAUAAGUGCUGACAACACAUCAAUACAUUUAUUACCACAAAAUGCUCCAUUAUUCACUGCCAAUUUGAUGACUUCAUUAUCAGAACUUUAUUUUAACACAAAAACUACCGACACAAAUAUGUGUAUCAAAGAGCCACCUCGUAUUGUAUUAGAAACUGUCGUACGGUGGAUAAAUUCUGAUCCUUGUUUAUGUUUCACUGCACAUUACACAGAUUUACAACGUGCAUUGCCUAGUGGUGCUAUUCCAAUGGCAGCCACAUUGCCAUUUCUAGGUUUAUUCAGGUGGUGUUUUUUUGCACCACUUUGUGUGAAAAAUAAUAAAGACUUAGAAUUGUACUCCGAACUUCAUUGUGCAUUGAUUGAAAGUGUUAUGCAAGGUUGGAAAGUAUAUUCAGAACAAAAUCCAAGAAUCAGUCGUCCUUAUACUUUAAGUGUUCAUUCCGUUAUACCUCAACAACUAAAAGAUCUUAUUGAAGAGACUAUUAAGUCAAAUGAUCAAGCUUUAUUACAUGCUGUUGAAAUAGUGGUAGAAAGAUUAACUCAAAGCAUACAUGCUGCUAUAAUAUCUGAUACUAUUUUUGGAAAUAAGCAGGAUUUGGUUAAUCAAUUAGAAUCACUUCCGGAGAAUGAAGUUUUAAAAACACUUAUUAAACGUAUUCAAGUAUAAAGUUCAAAAUGGAAAAUAUAAUAUUAUUUAAGAAGACUAAAUAUUUAAAUUUAUGAUGUAAUUUUUUUAUUUAUAAUUUAUAAAUACUGUGUAAGGAUUAUGUAAAU